AUGUUUCAGUUUCACGAUUUAGAUUUUCAUAAACUUUUAAAUUCACAAAAACUUUCAUUUGCUAAGACUAGAAAACAAGAUAAUCGUCAACAAUUACCUAUUAAUAUCAUGUCAUGUUUCAACUUUUUGUUUUUGAUCUUAAUUAUUUUUAUCGUGAAAACGGAAUGUGAAGUAGAAGAAAAUGAAGCAUUUUAUGACUCUACGAUUAAGAAUCUUUUUAAAGAAAUUCUUGAUUAUGAAUAUCCAGAUCAGGAAGAAAUAGUGGAAUGUAUGGCGGAGCACUUGAUGACAACGAAUGCAGAAGGAGCUUUGAAUCUCCAGGAAGAACCGGUUCUUAUCAUACCAGACAUGAGGAAGAAAAUUGAUUCAUAUGUGGUUAUAGCUGAAAAGCAUUGCAAUCAGAAAAGCAUCGGAUCGAUUCUUCAUAAUUUACUCUCCUCAAACCUUUAUUUCUGUAAUUAA